AUGAAACUAAAACCAUUCAAUCUCCGUUCAUUUUUCCUCUCCUUAAGACCGAUUCAAACUCCAUUCAUAUUCUCCCAUUCAUCACACAAAUGUUUCACAACUAAACCACCGCACUUCUUCCACGACGUCGUACCAGGGACCUGCGCCGUUUACAAUCACGCUCUCAAAUUCCAGCGUCCCCCUACUAUCAAAUGGAAGCCAAACCUAAAAAACACCGCCACCUUCAUCGGUUCCGUCACGCGUGAACUCAAGCGCGUGAACAGUAAAACCGGUAGAGUUGGGUUUCACACUACGAUUCGUGUUCCAACUUCUAACAAACCGAAUAGCUCAUCUUUUUGGGUGCUUCUUAUGAUGUGGGAUGAAAUUGCUGAAUUUGCUUAUCAACAUGUGAAACCAAAUCAUUUUAUUUGUGUUUCAGGUUGUUUGGGGUCUUACAUUGGAGAGACGCAUUUUUGUUAUAAGCUAAGUGUGAAUCAGUUAGAGUUUGUUGCUCAGAGUCCGGGCUACGGAGAGCAUGAGAAAGAAAAUAAAUUUGAAGCUGGUAACCAGUUAUCUGAUGGGAAUCAGCUUCACCUCUGGCAAGUGUUUUUCGCCAGUCCAAAUGAAUGGUGGGAUAACAGAAAGACCAAGUUAAAUCCAAAUUCGCCUGAUUUUAGACACAAGGAUACAGGGGAAGCUCUCUGGCUGAGUAAACAUAAUCCACCAUGGGUUACAAGACAACUUGAAUUACUUGACUCAAAAUUUGCAGGAGGAUUUGCAGGUCGUCGGCCACGUCUCACAUCUUGGGUUUACGAUGAAUAG